AUUUAUUUCAUUCUUUUUUCUUUUUUUUCCAUUUUGCGCUAAGAGAGCCGUGAUCGAAGUGUGCCACUGUCGUGAUAAUCACUAAAUAUUUUAAGGAUGUGUUCUUAAAACAACUGAAACUGUCUCUUGAGCUAUUCUACGGUGAGUUUAAAGUGACACCGUCUUACUUUAUCGGCUGCUGUUUUUACUAUGCCGUAAAUCUCCAAAGGAAAUCUUGUUUUUGUAGCAAACGCGUAGAAAACAAACGGAAGUAUUUAUUUUAGGUGCUGUUUAUGAUAGCAAUCAUUUUCAGAUGCCAAAUUGCGCUUUUCGUCACUGCUACCCCUACUUAAACUGGCAGUACAGUAGCAUAAAUUGAAUGUUACUACUCCUUACUGAUAUGUUUUAGUGUUUCGGUAAACUUAACUUUUUUUUUUUUCAUUUGAUUUUGCACUUUAACAAAUUCCCUCUGUUUGUUUCUGUUUCCACUGUUUGAAAAAUGAAUCAAACACUGAGAAAACCUUUAGUCGGAACCUUAUAAGUAAAUAUUAUAUUCACUGUGGACAAGAUCAGAUGAAGCACUGACCUUUUUCUUUUUCCCCCUUUUGCUCCUCUCAGUACCUUUUGUUUUCCCUUUUCUUUUUGUGUUUUUGUGCUGGAGGAAUCAUGUAGGACAAGCUUCAUCUUCUCUCCCCCAUCACAGGAGCCCCUCUGUAGCCCGGGGUCAGAUGUAUCUCCUUUGAGCGCUGCAGUGUUCUGCUCUGCUCUCCUGCCUGUGGAUGUGUGAGUGCGCGCGUGCGCGUGUGUGUGCGUAUGUGGUGUUGGUUUAGCCAGAAACAGAGAAAGGAAAAAAGCAUAGAUGCGAGGACUGGAGCAUUGAAACCCCUCCCGAUGAUGCUACUGUUGCUCAACUGUGUUUUCCAGGAUUGAUCGCCAGGCUUUGCCAAUAAAUAGCCUUCCCCUGAGGAUCUUUGAACACACAGAGGGGCCUUAAUAGAAAAAUCUUUGGCACUGUCACAUCCCUCAAUCACCUCCAUCCCAAAUCCCUCAGUCCCACCCUCAUUGCUAACUCCUAACCUCGUUUGUUGUCUUUGUUUUCCACAGAGGCAAUUACCUUUCUUGCACCAAACACUUUUGCUGCUAUGUUUUCUCAGCAGCAGCAACGCCUGCUUGCUGAAUUUACAAGUCAAACCUGACAGAGUGUAAUCUCUGGUCAGUCUUGUCCCUGUGGCUGUUAUCCCUUGUAAGGAAUGUUAUUGUACAAGAGGUACAAAAGCUGAGACCAUCUGAAGCCUGCAGUCCCCUUCCAGCUGUUGACUGAACAUCGAUUAUUCCGGGUGUGAGUGCCGACGCAGAAGGUGUUAUAAGCCGGGGAGAACGGAGGACUUGCAAAUCAAAUUGCUUUAAUCCAUUGAAGCAUCUGUCUUCAUUCUCCAGAGGGCAGCUCGGUGUGCAGCAGAGGAGCUCUGAGCCAUGAUCAUGACUAGAAAGGAAAACAAAACCUGUCGCUGAGGAAUUAUAUGAUGCGCCUUGGUCAGCCAACUGUGCAGUAAGGGUAUGGAUGGCAGGGCUGUCAAAUUGACAGAUUUUUUUUUUAAUGUCAGAGAUAGAAACAAGCUUGGUCAAAGUUUCUCAUUAUCUGCAGUCAUUCAUACAAUCGUUAUAUGUCUCUAUCUCUCCUUUCCUUCCACGAACAUAGAAGCGACUUUAAAGUAGCCCUAAAACAAAGAGCAUGAUGUCCUUGUUCCUGUUAUCCUGUCUGCAACUAUCAGUCUAAGAAACAAACUUUCUCCCCCGAUGUGUUCAUUCUGCAUCGCUGUUUUUAGCUGUAUUCAAACAGAAUGGCUCAUGAUGUCAGCUCGAUUUCUUUUCCCCUCACCCACAGAGUAAAUGUCUUUGGUUUGGCGCUGUUUGUGAUUAAUGGAACAUCAAAAGCUCAGUGUGAUACAUUCCUGAGGAUAUGAGUCUGCCAGGGACACAUAAACAUCAUUAAUGAACAAGAAGCAGACUGGAGAGAGAUGGAGUGACAGAGAGAGGGGUGAGGAAGCAAACAGGAAGGUGAUAUUUAUUUUUGUCAGCUCGGUGAUAUAUAUUUACCUGUGAUUUUGAUUAUGAUUGCCUUCGCGCAGCCACUUUGAGUGAUGGAGAGACAGUUUGUACCCAGGGAUCUCGAGCGAUUACCUACCAUCAACUUGGUGUAUAGGGACGGAUGGAUGGCAGCAGCAUUUUUUUUCAUGAAUACAUUUGGAAAAUCACAUCUACCUUUGCUCUUUCAUGCCCAGUGGCAAAGAACUCGGAAGUGUACAAAGGAAACUUCUACGCUCAUCUGUAUGAAGACAGCUAUAUUUAUCUGGGUAUGUAGCUCUACUGGGCUUAGAGGCUUAAUUACCCAGAAGAGAGGAAAGCAAAAAUGAAAUGCAAUUAUGCCACUGUGUGCACAGUAUCCUGAAUUGUGGAGCUUUUGUAUAUAGGGACAUUACCGCUACCAUUUCUCCAUGACCUUUGCGCUCUUUCUCAGUGGCACAAAUCUGUGGAUCCUUAUGGAAACAUUUUAUGCUCGGUAGCUGGCUGCUGCCUCGCAUUUACUGCACAGAGAUGAAAGUGUUGUCAGAUUUAGAAAGGUUAAGCAAUUUCUUUAUUGACUAAUACUACUGUAGCAGAAACUACUGUUGAAGGACAAAGGUUUGUAUUCUUAACUAGCAGGAGAAAAGUUAAUGACAUGCACCCUUGAGCAAGAUUCCCUGCUGCUCCAGCAUGAACAGCGCAGAAGGUCAUCAGUGGAAACCCACAGGCACAAGUGUGUCAAAGCUGCACAUGUAUGUAGCUUUGAAAUUAAAUACUAUUGUGUGUGUGUGUCUGUGCCUCUGUGGCUUUCCAGCAUUGUCAGUGGGAAGGAUGUAGAGUCAGAGGUGGAGGCAGGAUGGAGUGCUCCUGGAAGACGGUGCUGCUUCUUGUAUGUGCGUCUCUGGGGGUCCAGUACACAGCCAUCCGGACCCUGAGGGACUCGCUGUCAGGACCUUGUCAGGGAGCUUACCGCUGCCAGAGCAGACAUCUCAGAGACUCCCGGUGGAGAACCUCCUGCGAUGACAACUGGCUGCCCAUGGCUUCACCUCGGAAGCACAUCCUGCUGUUUGCCACUACACGCAGUGGUUCCUCAUUUACCGGACAACUCCUCAACCAGCAUCCUGGGGUCUUCUAUGUGUUUGAACCUUUGUACCACGUCCAGCAAGCCUUCACCAACUCCAGCAGCAGGUUGCGUCGUACCUUGGACCGCCGUGCCUUGCUGGGAGCUUACAGGGACCUUCUCCUCAAUCUGUACACUUGUGAGCUUCACUUCAUGGAGAAUUACAUCCGUCCCGAGCCUCAAGACCACAUCACAAGCUCCUUUUUCCGCAGGAGCUCCAGUCAUGCCCUCUGUUCCCCUCCGGUAUGCUCUGAUGGAGUAGUUGCAGCGGCCUCUGAUCCACCCGACGAAACCUGGUGCCCUAAGAAGUGCGGGGCCCUGAACCUCACUUUAGCCUCUAUGUCGUGUCUGUCGAGAGGGCAUGUAGCUGUAAAGACCGUGCGGGUACCUGAGGUGGGGGAUCUGCGCACUCUGACUGAAGAUCCACGUCUGGACCUUAAGAUCGUACACCUGGUGCGAGACCCCAGAGCCAUUCUUGCUUCACGCAUGAUGGCGUUUUCUGAUCAGUUUCGCGCUUGGAAAAUAUGGAACGCUACGGGGCGGCAGCCUCGUUACGUGGACCUUUCGCAGAUCACCAGCACCUGUAAGGACAUGGUGGCCUCUGUAGAAACAGGCCUGCAGAGACCUGCAUGGCUGCGUGGACGCUACCUGCUGGUACGGUAUGAGGACUUAGCAUUCAACCCGAAGGACAAGGCCAGUGAAAUCUACAAGUUUGCAGGGCUGGAGAUGGAGGACAGGGUGAGGACGUGGAUUGCAAAGAACACCAACAGUAACGCGUCGUCUCCAUCUGAGUGGAACUACAGAUACUCCACCACCAGAGACUCCAGAGUGACAGCUGAGAGCUGGAGGCUUCGACUCGGCUUUGACAUUGUGAGAACGGUUCAGAAUCUGUGUAACGACACUCUGGCUCUGCUGGGAUACAAGCAGGUUCGUUCUGCGGCUGAACUCAAAAACUUGUCACAGAGUUUAGUGGAACACAGGACAUUUCAACCAGUCACAUAACAGAUUCUGCUGCGGGUUUUAAGUUAAAUCUUUAUGUUCUUUAUUUCUGCUUAGUUUAAAUGAAUGUAAUUUAUCUUAAUUUUGAACAAUGCCUAAAACAAAUGAUAUUUAUUGUAGUUUCACCUUUUGUUAAAGAUAUUAAAAGUGCCAAAUCGCAAGUGUGUGUUGCUGAAAAAUGUUAAUUACCCAAAAUAAAGUCCGUACUGCUGUAUGUGUUGAAUGCUUUUCUUAACUGUAUAGCAAAGCUCUGUCUAAUGAGAUAAAGUUUAUGCUUGACUUGGGGGAGGGGUUAAUGUUUUUUGUAAUUUUAAUAGUUAUAGAGGAAGUGGCAAAAAGACAUGCCAGAGUCCAGGUGCCAUUUCACAGUAAGUCACUCAAAACAUGGCCCCAAAUGAAAGACAAAAAUAAAAGGAAAGAAAUUACAGGGCUUAGCUUCCAAGUGUCUCUAAUGCAUUUUGGAAAAGGAUUAAAAUGUCACAUAUUGCAGGUAGAAAAUCUUUUCUGGUGCAAUCUCCUGCAGUGCACAGCAGCUCUGUUUUCACUAUGUCAACAAUAGGAGAUUAUUUCUUGUUUCUUCACUGUAAAUACUUAAAUACUGUAAUAGCUGAUUAAGUGGUGCAAUGCAAGUAUGAAAAUAUAAUGUACUGGAUGUGUUGCGACAUUUUUGUCAGUGUUCCUUUACUGUUUGUAUUUUUUUAGACUUUUUCUAAUAAAUUAUUCAUAUCAUGAGUAAUGCAUAUCUACCACAUUGGCAAAAUCUUCUUCC